AUGCCUCAAGCAGUCUGGUUCAUCACAGGCACAACAUCAGGCAUCGGCGCCGCCCUCAUCAACCACAUACUCUCCCGCGGCGACAAAGUCAUCGCCUCGGGUAGAAACGUGGACAAGAAACUCAGCCAUUUCAAGUCUCAGCCAAACGCGCAUCUACUCGAACUAGACGUGGCAGCAGGGAAAUCCGACAUCGAAGCUCAAGUGAAGAAAGCAUGGGAAGCUUUUGGGCAUGUUGACGUCUUGAUCAAUAAUGCGGGCAUGUCUGCUCUGCGAACUGCCGAAGACGCUGACGACACCUUUGUCAACACCAUCUUCCAAGUCAACCUCUUCGGCCAACUCCACAUGUCACAAGCCAUCCUCCCCUACUUCCGCGCCCAAGGCCACGGCACAAUCGCCUUCACCUCCUCCGGCUGUGCCUGGGGAGCUCUCCCCUACCUCUCGCACUACUGCAUGACAAAGGCAGCGCUAAGCUCCUUUGCCAAGAGCCUGCACAAGGAAGUUUCGCACAUGGGCAUCAAGUGCGUUGCGUUCGACCUCGGUGGCUUUCCGACUCGUUUGGCGCAGCCUCACGAGGUCUCGUUCCCCGAAUCGCCCGUCUCUGAGCCGUAUGCCGAGUCUUUCGGGGAGUAUCUCAGCCUCUUCAUGCCGGACCCAAGCUGGACUAUUCCCGGUGACCCCGACAAGGCGGCGUCUGCAAUGGUGGACGUUAUUCAGCGCCGGGGAGUCGCAGCGGAUCGUUCCUGGGCAGUCCGUGUGGUCUUGGGAUCGGAUUGCUUGACCUAUGCAAAGAAAAGGCGACAGGAGGAGCUCAAGCUUCUGGAGAAGUGGCAGGAUGUGAGCUCCAGCACGGAUGCGAGGGAGUUUGUGUUGAAGCCAGAGUAUGAGAAGUACAUUGUCGUUGCAGGAUUGGAAGAAUGA